AAUGCAGCAAAGCAACCAUCCGUAGGCCGUUUGUGUUUUUCCACAGCAAUGGGCAAGCUGGUGUUUCUGCAAUCACUGACUGGGCAUGCUGGGCGCGUGUGGAGUGCGGCCUGGCAUCCGGGCGGUAAAAUCUUUGCCUCGUGCGGCGAGGACAAAACGAUACGCAUCUGGACGAAGGCGGACGGCGAACGGUGGACCGCGCAGACGGUGCUAGCCGAUGGUCAUUCUCGAACGAUCCGGGACGUCAGCUGGUCGUACUGUGGCCAGUAUCUGGCGUCGGCCAGCUUCGACACCACGGUGGCAAUCUGGGAUAAGAAAUCCGGUGAAUUUGAAUGCAACGCUACGCUGGAGGGGCACGACAACGAGGUGAAAAGUGUAACCUGGUCCCGGUCGGGGAAUCUGCUAGCCACUUGCAGUCGCGACAAGUCGGUGUGGAUUUGGGAAAUACACCAUCACGACGACCAGGAGGACGAGUUCGAGUGCGUGGCGGUGCUGAAUGUGCACACACAGGACGUGAAAAAGGUAUGCUGGCAUCCGCACGAGGACAUCCUAGCGUCCGCCAGCUACGACAACUCGAUCCGCCUCUACAAACAAGACACGAUGGACAACGAGUGGGGUCCGUGCGCGCUGCUCGAAUCGCACAGCUCGACCGUGUGGAGCAUAUCGUUCGACGCGUCCGGCAAGCGGCUAGCAUCCGGCAGCGAGGAUCGAACGGCCAAGAUAUGGCAGCUGUACGAGCCGGAUAACGCGCUCGGCAUACCCUGCCCCGACAACCAGCCGGUGUGGAAGUGUGUUUGCACGCUGGCCGGUUUCCACACGCGCAGCAUAUACGACAUCGAUUGGUGCAAGCAGACCGGGCUGCUCGCGACGGCCUGCGCCGACAAUCUGGUGCGAAUAUUCAAGGAGGCGGCCGACUCGAACCCGAACGAGCCCACCUUCGAGCUGCUCGCGACGACCGCCGGUCACACACAGGAUGCGAACAAGGUGGUUUGGAACCCGGUCUGCCCCGGCAUGCUGCUGUCGGCCAGCGACGAUGGCGAAAUUAAACUGUGGCAGUGGGAUGAAAGUGAUUAGGUGCUGAUACAUUUCGAGCGGGAGGGAAGGGUAGAUAAGGGGGUUGAGCUUCUACCCAUGCAGUAGCCAACGGAUACAGGUGAAUUCAUUAAUAAAUGAGGUAAGAGCAUUUAAAAAGGCUCGACAUUCGUGCAGCACCACUGGAAAUGAGACUAGCCUUUUUUGCCUGGUUGUGGAUUCAACAUAUUUGUGUUUUUCAUUAUCUAGCUUGAUUUUUCUAAUAUAAUCAUAGUACUCUAAUAAACAGUUAUGUUAUCAGUUUAUUUCAGUUGCAAAGUUAGUCUAGGUAGAUAUAAAAGAGCGAAAGAAAACAGUCUGAAUACUGCCUGAAACACUUGACCAAUAGGAAUGUUUUUAUGAAUAUCUUUGCAAUUGUUAAACGGUACCAAGUUGUUAAAUAAACCAAAUA